AUGGUCCAAGGAGUCGUGCAUGCGAAGAAAGACCCGCACACAAUAUUGACGUUGACGGCGUUGAGCAACUCGGCUGUGAUCGUGAAGGUUCAGGACGUCCGUCCAGAAACAGCCUGUCGCUCGAGCAUGGUCCAAGGAGUCGUGCAUGCGAAGAAAGACCCGCACACAAUAUUGACGUUGACGGCGUUGAGCAACUCGGCGUGA